AUACAAUGUGUGACAUUUGAGGACCGCGCGGAGGAUAAAGACCUCUGGGAAGGGGACUUGUGUGCUCUUCUUCAUCUCCCUGAGUGCCGAUCCCAUCCUUUGCUUUGGGGCCCUCACUCACCAAAAUGCCACCCAAAAAGCCAGAGCCUAAGAAAGCGGAACCGAAAAAGGACGAGUCCAAGGCUGCCGCCAAAGCUGCCCCUCCGCCUGAGCCGGAAGCUCGCAAGGAAGUCGAAUUCAACCCAGCUAACAUCAAAGUUGAAUUCACUAAUGACCAGAUUUCAGAUUACAAGGAAGUCUUUGAGCUCUUCGACAGGACUCCCAAGGGGGAGCUGAAGAUCACGUUUGCCCAGUGCGGAGACGUCUUGAGGGCUUGCGGCCAGAAUCCCACCCAGGCAGAAGUGCUCAAGGUCCUCGGGCGGCCCAGGCCAGAUGAGAUGAACUCCAAGAUGAUCGACUUCGACACCUUCCUGCCCAUGCUGCAGCACAUCGCCAAGACCAAAGACACCGGGACCUUUGAGGACUUUGUGGAAGGCCUGCGGGUUUUUGACAAGGAAGGGAACGGUACCGUCAUGGGGGCCGAGCUCCGCCACGUCUUGGCAACGCUUGGCGAAAGACUGACCGAGGAGGAGGUGGAAAAGUUAAUGGCUGGCCAGGAGGAUUCCAACGGUUGCAUCAAUUAUGAAGCAUUUGUCAAGCAUAUCAUGGCAAGCUGAAUGCAGGAGGCGUCAACAGCAGCUGGGUGCCGAGCUUGGAUUUCAACCCAAUGGAGAGAAGGCAUAUGAUUUUUCUUCCAAAUGAGGAUGGAUGCUCAAUUCCUCAAAUGUAUUUUUGAUGUUCUUGUUGUGGAAUAGUGAUUAUAAACCCAGUCUUGCCUCUUUUUAUUCUAAACCCCGGUGCCUUCAGCUUGGAACUUCCUUCUUGCCUAUAUCUUACCUUCUUUCCUAGUGUGACUUGGUGGUUUCCCAUCAAACUCAUUCAUCUGAGAGUCCUUGGGUGCGUCUACAGUGUAAAUUAAUGCAGUCUGAUACCUAUAUUUAUCGAGACUCAAUGCAAUACAGUCCUCAGAGUUGUAGUUUAGUUUUACCUGGCCUUUUGCCUUCUUUGCUCUAGAGGGCUGGUGCCACUCAGAACUACAACUCCCAGAAUUCUAUAGCAUUGAGCCAAGGCAGUUAAUGUGGCGUCAAACUGCAUUAAUUCCACAGUGUAAAUGCUCCCUCUGUUAUUUCAGCCUUUCCAACAUGUACUUUGGUGGCUAAGCAACUCUGCAGAAUAAGUUGGAGAAAAGCAGAGAAUUUGGUGGAGAGAUGCCAUUAUUCUUUUCUGCCAGACAAACGAUAUCCUACAUGAUGAUCUCAUAUUUAUUGUAAAAAUUCUCAUUAAAUACAUCCUUUUUCUCA